AUGUCGAGCACGAAGGACUACAGUGUAGGCUGGAUCUCAGCCAUCAAGGCCGAAUACGUUGCCGCAGAUGUGUUUCUGGACGAAACGCACGAUCGCCCUGCCGAUGUUCCAGCUGACGACUACAAUGAUUAUACCUUUGGCAAAAUUGGGGAGCAUAAUGUGGUCAUCUCCGCUCUUCCUAAGGGAGAGUAUGGCGAAUCCUCGGCGACUGGUGUCAUCAAGGAUAUGAUCCGUAGCUUCACCAAUGUCCGUAUUGCGCUCAUGGUUGGGAUCGGCGGUGGUGCACCAAGUGCUUGGAACGACAUUCGGCUCGGUGAUAUCGUUGUUGGCGUUCCUGGCAACCGUGAAGGUGGCGUGCUACAGUAUGACUUCGGGAAGACAAUCCAAGGCCAAAGCUUCCAGCCAACUGGUUUCCUCAGUCCGCCGCCCAGAUCGCUACUUGCCGCGGUACAAGGACUCGACAAGCAUUACACAAUCCGUGGUCAUAAGAUUGAAGAGGCGGUUAUGAGUGUACUCGACAACAAUCCGCGACUCAGAAGGGAUUAUGGACGGCCGGAAAUGUCGACGGAUCGACUUUACAAGAGUGAUGUUGUCCAUCUGCCUGGGUCCAAGGCGCCUUGUCUUACUGUUUGCGGCGAUGACAAAUCCGUGUUAGUUAUCAGAAAUGAACGUCACGAAGAUGAAGAUAACACCAAGAUCCACUACGGUCUAAUCGCAUCCGCCAAUUCACUCAUGAAGGAUGCUGAAAUCAGAGACCGAUUUGCCCAACAAAACGAUGUCCUAUGCUUUGAGAUGGAGGCAGCCGGAUUGGUCAAACAUUUCCCUUGUCUUGUGAUACGAGGGAUCUGUGAUUACUCUGAUUCACACAAAAGUAAAGAAUGGCAGGGCUUCGCAGCCAUGGUGGCUGCGGCGUACGCCAAGGACUUACUGAAUCGGCUUCCCCCAGUUCAGGUCGCGCGAGAGAAAAAGGUCGCUAUGGUGCUGGAGCCUGCUAGGACCUAUCACAAUACGAGUAUUACACUUGGGGACUACAACUCGGGCAUCCAAGUUGGUCAGAACAACGGUACCAUCACACAUGGGGCACCGCCUCCGGGCUAUUGGUGA